UACGGACGCGCCAACGGAGACAGUUCGAAUCGAAGAAAUCGGCUGCGGUCUAACGGUCGACAAGAAAUCGAAGCCUCGGAAGACCUCAAAUUGAGGCGACGCUAUGGGCGCAUGAACGCCAAAUGUCUCCAGGCUGCGGCUCAAACCAUGGUCUGGUCAGAAGCAAACUACGGGAUUGUGGAGCCGUGGGAUUUGAUCAGGGAUAACCUGCUGAAUCUCACCAAUAGUUUCGCACCCCUGUAUCCCGUUAAGUCGAGGACCACCCUGCCCUGGUGGUCCAGUCGAAUGAAAAAAGCCCUAAUUAGAAAGCGGGCCGCGUGGCAAUGA